UCAUUAUUUUUACUAUUUUCGUAGAUUUCUAACAGAAAAGUAGCAUAGAAACAUCGAAAAGACUGACAAUCUCUUCAUGGAGAAACUCAACACGUUGGAGAUUCCGUUGGAAAUCAAGCUGGAUGCGCGAGGCGUUGAAAGGCAUCACGAUUUCAGCCACUUGAGAACAUGGACCAGCAUCAUUUGUCGCAUAGAGUUCGUGAAGACCUUUCCAUCCUUCAUGAAAAUGACUUUUAUCACGCCCAAAGCCACAGAUUCGAGUGCACGGGAGAUGUUGGUGCUCCGAAUCAACAUUCCAGGCUUGUUGGUUCAACUGGCAACGAGUCGCACGAAGAAAUACUCGUAUGGAUUGUUUUGGAAAGCGAAUCGGGGGAAGCGUUGUUGUGCUUUUUUGGCUUUUGCAACACAAUUUGACUUUGAACAGCACAUCCAAUGGAUCAAAUAUUGGAUAAAAUAUCUGGAAUACUAUCGAAAAGAUUUCUUGUUAAAUCGUCGAGAUUGCACGAUGAAUAGCACAGUUCAAGAUUCUCGCAACGAAUCUCUCGUCUCAAACAUCAACAACACACAAAAUGUGAAAGAUAUUAAGGAAAUUCUCGGUCCAUUACCCAAAAUCCCCGAUUCCCUGAACGAAAGUUGGGUCCGUCGACAAUCUUGUGUGUCGGGGAUUUACGAGGAAAUUGGUUCAGGACGUCGAAACGAAGGUCGUUCACGUGAUUCAAGUGUCUCGGGUGUAUAUGAAGACGUUGAAUUUGACCAAAAUUCAAAAGAUGAUGUCAAAGGUGAUAAUUUUUUGGCAAAUUUGGUUGAAAAAAAUCGCCCGCGCGUCAAUACAAACGACUUUGUAGGUGUUAAUCGAUCCCAAACAAACACAGAAGCUGAAUUAAAACACAAAAAAUGGUGGACUUUACGCGGCAUCACAAAACGCUUUGAUGGAAAUGCGAAAAACGAAACAGGUGAAGUCAAUCGUCGUCGACAUUUCAAAUCUACCUUCCAAAAAAGUAACCGAAAUAGCUUUUCCACGCCAGAUUUGUCCCAAUUACCUGAUAUUUUUAUCAAUUGUCAACGUGGCGACAUGAAUUUGAGUCAUACGGACUCCAUUGACUUUUUGAAUAUCAGUUUCGAGAGCAUCGCAGACGAUUUGGAGCAUUUGACGAUGCAGGAAAAGCCUCCAGCGACGAAUAUGUUGUGCACAAACUCAUCCAGUGUGAAUUUCCUGUCGACUACAGGUUGCAGCAUUUCCGUGCAUGAGAAAACAAUCGAAGAUGAGCCCAUUUAUCAAGUCCCCAAAAACAUUCCAGUGCGUUUAAUUGACGAAACGACGGGUUAUUGCAUCAUGGGUCCUCCGAUGCAUCGUUCCGUGAAUGAUUUCCCGCCGUUCAAAUCGCCCGAAAAAGCUUUGCCAGACACAACGUACCUCAAAAUGGAUGAAGUUCGUGUCGAACUUCGUAAAAAAGUCCCGCCUGAAGAACCAAUUUACGCAAAUAUCGAACGUCGACCACGAACUUCGUUGCAUCGAUGCAGUGUCGAAGAGAAAAUUCCGUCGUAUUUCCCCAAUGAGCACGUUUAUCAGAAGCCAAAGAUGAAACCGCACACACACAUCAAGAAAUGCCAAAGUAUGAACGUGAAACCGUCGAAUAUUUACAGUCCCACGCCGCGCAAAAGUCAAAAAACGCAACGAAAGACGCGAGAAGAUCACUUGAACAACUCGUACGAGAACGCGAUGUUGAAUCAAAUUGAUUUGGAAGCAGCUACAGGAACGCCCAAAGAUAAAUUUGGUACUUUGCCGCAUCAUCCGACUUCCUUCAAGCCCUUGGAUGCGAAAAAUCACUUCGGAUCGUUGCCUCGCUUCAAGAAAAUUGACUUUUCGCCGUUGCGCGUCAAACUGAACAACAUGUUCUUGCGCUAUAACAACAACAACAACAAUAAUAGUAAAAUUUAGACAAAAAGCUUGCUUGAAAAAUCGAAUCUCAGGAACAAACCAUCUCUUAGAAUGUAAGAAAUUAUCUAAAUAUAGCGAAAAUUAUACAUACCGAAACGAAACAUUUCACCGAAAAAUGAAAAUUUUAACGUAGAUUAAGGAAUUUUGCCGCGCCAUGUCGACCAAUGCUUGACGAUGCUACUAAAAAUUGCUCAUAACUAAAGAAAAAAUGAAAAAAUAGACUUAAGUAGUGAAAUUUUUUAUCAACUGAAACAUAUCUCGGAGUAAGAAAUUUUAAAAGAAAUAUUUAAAAGUACCUGGGACUCAAAAAAAAACUGCUUUUAAAUGUGCCAUUUUCCCAAAUUUAACUUUUAUUUUGCUCUUUUCCAAUUUUUCCCUUCUCUCUAUGACAAAAUGAAAAAAAACUUUGUAUACGCCUCACACGCCAUGAUCUCGUUGCCAUAAAAAUGGUCAAUUACGCACAAAUUGUUUGCAUAAAAUUUAUCUGUGAUGCUUCUUGAUGAAAAAGCUAAAAUAAUAAUUGAUAAGAGCCUUAUGUAAAAGUUAAGAAAUUUGCGCUGAAAAAUUAAUUUUAAGGAAGUUAUUUAAGAUGUCGCUCAAAAUAUUCUAUCAGCUUACGAAAUUAGUUGUAUCCGAGCUUG